AUGAUACUGAUUACAUGUGUCUUGUUAUUGCUAACAGCUAUUGUUCAACAAACCAUUGCCGAUACAUGGACUGUAACACCAACAAAUUGUCUGUGGCAUAAAUAUACGUCUAAUAAUCGUUUACCCAAUAGAAUAGAUUUACGUGACAUUCGAAAUCAAAUUUUUAAUUUUUCAUUAAAUGAAUCAAUUUAUUACUUCAAUCCGUGCAAAACAUUUAAUUUUCCGAUUGGGCAAGAUCCAUAUGCAGCUGCUGGUGAACAAUGUCAUAAUGUUCUAGGUUGUAAGCUUGUAAAAAAAAAUAAUAAUCAUUAUGAAUACUAUACAGCUGCUAUUAAAUUAAAUUCAACUCCAAUAUCAAAAGCAGCAGCAUUAACUAUUCGAUAUUAUGGAAUAAAGUCAUAUGCAAAUAAAACGAUGUAUCUUAAAUGUGAAUGUAAUGAACUUAUACAUCGUGCAGAAUUUAAAUUUCUUAAAUAUCAAUAUCAUCACUCACCGGUUUUCUCCUUGACUCAUCGUUGUUGUUGUCCAAAUGUUUGCGGAGGCAAUACAUUUCCUAAAGCGUUGUUACUUAUUCUUCUGUUGGUAAUUCUAUUUAUUAUUGGUACAGCCGUAUGGAUCUUUUUUCAAUGUCGUCGACAUUAUCCAGAACGAAAUGCAUAUGGUGCAAUAGCUUCGACGGAUAUCAAUAUUCAUACAUUACAACCGUCAGAAGCGAUUAAACCUGCUGUAAUUGAAACCAAUUCUCGAAACGGAAGUAGGAAACGUACCCGUAGUAAAUCAAUAGCUCCGGUACUUGAAAAUAUCGGAAUUUCGUCAGCAGAUUUUAAAAUAAUCAAACGAUUGGGUGUUGGCGAGUUAGGGGGUGAAGUUAGUGAAGGACGAUGGAAUGAUAAAUUAAUUGCUGUUAAAACCUUGCGUAUCGGUGUUCAUCCAGAAAAAUUUUCUGCUACUGAUAAAGCAUAUCUUGAAAAUGAAAUUCAAUUAUUAAGUCGACUACGUCAUAAAAAUUUAACUGCAGUCAUUGGUAUUUGUUUUGAUAUUGAUGUUUAUCCUCGAAUAAUUUUAUCAUUUUCUGAUCAUGGUACAAUUAUUGAUUUUAUUCAAUCGAAUCCAACAAAAGUCGAUUGGUCAUUAAGAUUAUUAUGGUGUUUGAAUACAUCCGAUGCAAUGGAAUAUUUACAUCAAUCGAACGUACUUCAUAGAAAUUUAAAAUCAUCAAAUAUUCUCAUUGGAGUUGAUCUACGUGCACAUAUUUGUGAUUAUGGUCUUAUUUCACUUCUUCAACCACUUCGACAAGCAUGUGAUAGCGAACGAUGUCUUUGCAAAUUAAGUCAUCCAGCCCUACCUGUUUCUAUACGUUGGUCAGCUCCAGAAAUUUUAUCGAAUCCAUCGGAUAGUUCAAGAUUUAAGUUUUCAUGUGAUGUCUAUUCGUUUGGUGUUAGUCUUUGGGAACAGAUACGUUUAGAACAACCCUAUGCUGAAAUUAAAGAUGAAGCUGAAGUAGCUCGAAUGAUUGUUGAUGGCCAUCGUUUAGCACCAUUAGAAGAAACAGCAAAUUUUGUUAUGCCUGAAUAUACUCAACUAAUGAAUGAUUGUUGGGCAGAAGAGCCCAAUAAUCGGCCAACAUUCGAACGUAUUGGACAAGUUCUACGAGAAAUAUUACCAAAAGCAAAACAAUUUCGAAAAUCGUCGAUGAAAAGAUUAUCGUCAAUGACAAAUUCAAAUGAUCAACAGGAUGUGAAUAGAUCUUUGUCAAGACUUGAUUCUAGAAUCUCUGUGGAUACAUUCAAAGUAUCAUAUCCAAAUGUGUAA